GGGACACGUUUCCAAUUUACAUUCCCGAGAGCAACUGCACAUUACCAUUUCCAAAACAGCAUCUGGUGUAGUUGGAACAUCAUUCCAUUCAACAGCUAGGUAUUUAUUACCCCGGUCAUCAGAAUCAUUGUUCAGACACCAACCGUUUCCUUUGGGAGACGGUACAUAAGGAUCUGGAUCUAUCUAUUUUGACAAUUUGAGUGACAAAGUUGUUCUGAUUUCGGAUGGUGUUCCGCUAAGGGGACGCAUCUUAAGUGUCCUGAAUACAAAUCCGGACCGACCAGAUGGCGAAAACACUACACGGGUAAAAAAUAUACCACUUUCUGUCGAUGAUGGUCUGAUCACAAGAACAUUAACGUUAAAGGGUCUUGACGUCAUUUCAAACAGAAGGGACAAACUUCGCAUAAAUGGUAAAUUGACCAACUGUUGCACAGGUGAUCGAAUUUGCAUAGUCAAAACAUCGUCCCUUAAGGAACCCCUGCCGAAUACAAUGCAGUUCGGUCAGUUUAUCGGACGUGUCCUGCAAAAUGGACAACCUAGUUUCUUGCCGAUUAAAUCGUCAAAUUGCUCAAAAUGCCUCCAAGAAGGGCACAGUUUCAAAACAUGCCCAAAUGACUGGGUUUGCAAAAAGUGUAAAUUGCAGGGACAUAAGCAAUCUGACUGCGAUAUCGACACAGAAACCCUAUGUGAUACAAACACCACACAUUCAAACAAAAACUGUGAAAACAUGAAACCCGUGGACACCUCCAUCAUAAAACACGCACCGACUCUGCGAAGUCGAUCCGCUAGCGCCACGAGAUCCACGACCAGUUGCAGUCAACAGUCGAUUAUUCGUUUUACAGAAAGAAUACAUGCGCCUGCUACUUCGACGCCAAAACAAGGGCAGGCAAAUGAACGCUACGACAAGAUCGCCGCCUACACAAAAGUCCGGUUUAAUGAGAGCAACCAUGGUCGGGCGAUUAUGGUUGUACCAGCGAAUAAUCGUCGUUCAACGAUAGCCGUGUUUAAUGGAAAGCGACGGUCGUCAAUCGACCGCGCGUUGUUUGACAUAUUGUCGAGCGACCGCAGUCUACCCCUCACACCACGACUGCUCGUCGCUUGAAGCUUUGUCGGCAUUCAAAACCCGUGCAAAAUGAACGCGGAUAGUUUCCUAGUUUAAUCAUGGCGGCCUCCAUGCGACUUGUUCAUCGAAUGCGAAGACAUUUUUUAAGAGAGCGAGUUUUUAGAGAUAGGUUGAAUCCAUUAGACAUGUACAAUGGUGAUGAACUUUUCCGUCGAUUUCGCUUACCAAGGAGAGAGCUAUUGGAGCUCAUAGACACCUUUGCUGUAGAUCUAGAAUACGUUUCCGAAAGGAAAGGGAGUCUGCCUGCAAGCAUGCAAAUGCUGAUUGCUCUUCGUUUCUUUGCAACGGGGAGCUUCCAAGAAGUGAUUGCUGAUACUUAUGGCGUAUCAAAAGGAACCGUGUGCACGGUAAUCCACAAAGUAUCACAGGUACUGGUGGCAUCUAUUGAGCAAUAUGUUAAGUUCGACAAAUAAGAACAAACAGAAGCAACAAAGAGGAAUUUUUUCAACGUGAAGCAAGGUUUCACAGGUGUGAUUGGGUGCAUUGACUGUACACACGUUAAAAUCAUUGCCCCUCUAAAUUUGAAGGCAUAUACGUUAACAGGAAAGGAUUCUACAGUAUUAAUGUUCAACUAAUCUGUGAUGCUGAUAUGAAAAUCCCGAACGUUGUCGCUUCGGAUCCAGGAAGCUUCCAUGAUGCAUUUAUACUGCGACAGAGUGCAGUAUUUCCUGCUUUCGAGGAUCCUAAUGGACCACCACUCACUGGCCAUCUGCUUGGAGACAGCGGGUACAUGCUGAGGCCCUUGUUGUUGACACCUUACAUCAACCCAAGAGGACGAACACAGGAAAGAUUCAACUUUGCACACUCUUCAACCCGGGCUACGAUUGAACGGUGCAAUGGUGUAUUGAAACGCAGAUGGCACUGUCUGCAUGGGGAGCUGAGAUAUUCUCCUGGCAAAGCCUGCAAGAUCAUCGGAGCCUGCGCUGUCCUGCAUAACAUCUGCCUGACACUACCAGUUUCUCAGAAUUGCUGCAACGUAGGCUGUGUCCAUUAUAAUGACAGCAUAUCAGACCGUGCUUGUCAGGAAGAACAGCCACAACACCGUCGUCUUAUCCAAGAGGGCAAUGCAGCUGCUGUGCGUAAUACAUUUGCAGACGCAUACUUUGGAAGAUAAGCGCCGCUGUAAGGGGAGGUUGACUCUGGCGAGUAUUCACAAGCUGGCUGAAGAGUUUCAUACGAGUCAUCCCGUUGUGCAGACGUUGCUGAUGCCUUCUUUUUUACUGUUGUAGUCCCCUGAGAAGCACA